AUGGCGCCGCUGACAACACUGCCUUCAAAACAGACUGCUUCCUCCUUCUUACCUAUUCCCUCGUCCAUAGCCUCGCUUCAGAUAUCCGCCGAGGAGAUUGCGCUGCCUCCCUCUCCUCAGUAUGAGCCUUCCGAUCCUCCCUCAUCACCUCCACCGGCAUCCUCUCCGACGGUCGGUCACGAAAUGCAUUCCAGCCGCGGCGAACCCUUCCCGACAACUACGCCUUCCAGACCACGUGCCCAGUCUCCUCCCCGAAAGAUGAGACCCCUGUCAACUGGUGGAAUCACCAGUCUACCACCGAUGCAGCGAGCCCAUUCGUCUCCGGGAGUAGACUCGUCGGGUCGAUACAUCACUCCUUACGCUACGGGCAGAAGACCUUCCUCGCCGUUAUACUCAGGAAGGCGACAUAGCCCACUGAGGUCCGCGAUGGAGGAGCCGUACCCAAACUACACUAUGUCAUCAUGGAGCGGUCUGAAUAUCGAGCCAAACAUUCCGGAAAAUGCAGAACUAGAAUUGUCAGGAGAUGUGGAGGCGCCCCAUCAGUCACCCAGUGCUUCAUAUUCGCACACGUUUCCCAGAUCCCGCCGUCGGUUUCCCUUGCAUCAAAGUGCAAGUGCUCCCUCCCUGCACGCAAGGGCUGUGAGUCCUAGCAUGUCGGGGAGAACCUCGCCAUCGCCGUCCUUCACAUCGCAGAAAUAUACCUACGAGGCAUACCCGGCAUAUUCUGUCAGCUCCACAUCCAGCAUGCCCAGCACUCCCACCUCGCUCCGUUCACGGUCACCAUCUAUCAGCUCUCUGGAGACAAUUGAGGACACUCCGGACGCUGAAGAGGCCGCCCUCCUUCAAGAAGGAGAAGAGGCAAAAAUGAAAGGUGAAGAUGGCGAUCUGGGCGAAUUACGGAGGAAAGCUUCUCUCGACAGCCGGGCAAGUAACCUUCGGAGCAACAAGGAGAGGAAAAGAUGGUCAGUGUGUGGGGCGGAGAGAAGGGCCGACUUUUCUUUGGAGCCUAUCGAGGAAUGA